AUGAGCACAUCAGUUGAAGCCCCAAGCAAAUCAUGCCUCUGCGGAAUCAAUUUCCCAGGCGGAUUUGGCGUCACCAGUCAAUUGAAUAGCAGUCGGAAACGAACAGUACCAGGGGUUUCCGAUUAUGAAGACGUUCUGAUGGAAGGCAUGAAGCAUCUUACCUUCGAUGAGAUUCAACAUGAACAGGAACUGCUUCAUGGAGUUGCUGGUGAAGUUGACUUAAAUGAAAACGAUCUGCUGGUUGGGCUGGAGAUGCAUCUUAAUCGUAUGAAGAAAGGAACUGCAUACGAAUCAGCGGAAAGGCAAGACCCAUCGUAUGUUUCCAAUCGGGAACUUCAGUUGGCUUUCUUACGAGCGAGCCAUUUUAAACCAAAAGAUUCAGCUGAGAAGCUGAUUAACUUUUUCAAACAUAAACAAGACCUCUUUGGUGAGGAGAGCUUGGUUCGGGACAUCACCGCACAAGAUUUGGACCAAGAUGACCUAUCCUGUUUGUUGGAAGGCUUCUUCCAGUUCUGCCCAUUUCGGGAUCGAUCAGGACGAAUGAUUCAUUUGGAGUUUCCCGGCAUUCGAUCCAAGACAACUGUCCGUACAGAGAUGCGAGCUAGAUUUUACGCUUCCGCAAACAGUGUUGAAACAAUGGUUGACAUUAGCAAAGGCGCCGUCGUUGUAAGCUAUCUUGUGGAACAGUAUAAAGACCAUUUGAAGGGGGCGGGGUUCGCAGAAACAACAAACUUGUACCACAACGUUGUUCCUAUGAAAAUUGAUGGGUUUCAUCUAUGUUUCAGCAAUUCCAUUGAAUGCUUGGUGCUCAAGGCAUGCAUUGCAAUGCUGCCAUAUGAGGAGCGCGUCAAAUCUCGUGUACACUUGGGGUCUCAUACAGAAUGUCAAUAUUUGCUUGCAAGCUACGGUAUAACCAGAGGAGCGCUGCCUUUGACGGGCCUUGAGAGUGAGAUGGAUUUGAAUCAUCAUAAUGCUUGGUUUCAGAGACGAAUUCUUCGAGAGAAAGAGCAACGGCAGCAAGCAUCAUUGCGGAUUCCUUCUACCAAUGCUUCUAUAACGCACCAACAUAACCCAUCCUGUCAUGACGCCACAUCAGGACCGAACAGCGGCAAUGAAAACGAUGUCUUGUCCUUGGGUCAGAGAGUCAAAGGUGUGGGCAACGAACGGCUGCAUUCCUUGGCGCUCAUUUAUGCCACAGCGUACGCGAAUGGAAGUAUUUCCAAUCGACGGACCAUUGUAUCUGGAAUCAUCGAUGAAGUCCACAGGCAUGGAGGUAGAUUCCUAAAACCAGACCCUCAAUCUGUUUCGAAAGCAGAUUCCAUGUCAUCAGAGGAUGAAAUGAGAAACAUCCAAUGGGUGGAACUAUCGCCAGAUGAACAACGUGUCAAGAUCACACAGCUCUUCCGCAAUUUGCGUCGUCGUCGAUCUCGACCAAGCACAAGCAGUGCUUCCAUUGCAGGGCUCCCCCCCUUUGCAGCAGCAGCAGGAGCAUCGUCAUCAAAGCAGGUUGUAGUCGUAGAUCAGAUCGGGCCAAACGAUGUCUUGUUUGGGCAACGGCCGGACAAUCCAGGUAACCAACGACUACGAGAGCUUGUUAUUGCAUUAUCAGACGAGUAUAACCGCACUGAUCGUGGAGAGAAAAAGAAUACAGUAUCUCAAUUGGUAGAACGCAUCCAAAAGAAUGGUGGUCGCUUUCUGAAGCCCUCCGCUGAUCAUGUUGGACGAUGGGAGGUGGUGUCUGACGAAGCGGCCCGUGAGAAGGUGUCGAAGCAAUUUCGCAAUGUUCGAAGAAUGCGAUGA